AUGACUACAGACUCACGUACAGCUGCUGAGCUGGUGAAGACUGUCCGAUCAGACAUCGCCUCUCCCCAGACUACCACUACUGAGACCUUGAACCUGCUCCGUGCAGUCCUUGGCCUAGACUUGCAACUCGCAGCCCCGACCAAGACAGCUCUUGCAGGAACAAAGGCACCGUCAAUACGACCUCCUCCGAAGUCAAGGGCGAAGCCGGCUGCUAAAGCCACCAAGACAGCUACCACCGCGUCAUUCAUUAUCCACGAAACUCCCACAGCACAACCUCAUCCGCUGGAACUGAAGGAAAGGCGCAAGGUAGCGACGGAGACAUUCAACACCACUCUUAAGACACUGAAUAAUGCAGCCAAAUCCAAGAAGCAGGAGGAAGUCGCAUCGCCUCAGAAGCCAUUGUCAAAAGCCCGGGACGAGCUGCAGCCAUUGAAAGAGUGCUUGCCAAAUGGCAAGAAAAGCGCAGGUCGCACAUUGAAAGCGCCACAGGAGCCUACACAAAUUUCGACAACCGCAAAAUGUGCCGGUGCAGCUCUAGACUGCCUACGGGAGCUCGUGGAGCCUGGGAAGGACCAGAGCUCAGUUGACGUCGGUCUAGAGAAUGGGGGAUUGGUGCUUCUGGACAAGUUGAUCACGCUGGAACUGCAGCAAGAAGCUGAAUACCAGUCUCGGAGACUAUAUGACCAGUACUGGAAGCAACGAGGUUCUUCCAAACCGACCCAGCCACACCCACCUCUCUUUUCUCGCCUGUGCAUGUCCUCAGAGCAUAGCGCAUCGACUUUCAAGUUCUCUGCCUCCUUGCAAGGCCAAUUACUGCGACUAGCUAUUUUGCGAGGAUCGACCUGUGUUGAAGAAAGCUACACUGCUGCUCUGUCGCCAGAAUAUGAGGGCAGUCCAGCCUGGAUAAUCUUACGAGGGUUGAAGCUUGGCUUUAUAGAUGACGAGGCUGCCGGAACCCAGCUUCGUACACUAUCAUUGACACUUGCUAAAUUUCACGCGGUCGUGGUUGGUAAGAGUGCCAAUGCUGCGUUGGAACUGGAACAUCUGACAUUGGCAUCGACCGCCCUGGAGAUCAAAGCAGUUUCUUGGAAACACCUUGGCCACCAACCUGAGUUUUCGAGAGAAUUAUGGAUGCCGUUCACUAAACUCGUCAAGAACAGUAUGAGCCGGGCCAAGGACCAAGCGCGCGCACAGGAAGCGGUCAAGCAAUGCUUGACGAAACUACGUCUGACACUAUCGCACCUCGGAUUUGCCACAGAUGUGCCUGCUGCUCUGCGACAGUUUUGUAGUGUGGACGAGCAAGUGUCCCAGGAAGCUGCUGACAACAACUGCCUGGAGAAGCGCCUGGGCAAGCUAAGUGCCGACGAUUCGCAGAGACUCCUGCUCGGGCUGCAGUCAUGUCUCGUUCGUACCCAGCAAUGGACAAAACAAACUCUAGUCACUAUCAACGCGGUCGAUCAAUGCACUGAGAUAGUUUCCAGCUGUGAGACUACAGUCGAUGACAUCGACGAUGCUCUGAUUGCUAUGGCACAGCUCCGAAAAGCUAUCAUGUCCAUUGUCAGCGAUGUUGGAUCUCUACAGAAGGCGAAGGCUUCGAAGGAUGCCCAUCACGAUCUCCAAAUUGCUAGCAUACGUCUCAUCUAUGCCCUGCUCUUCUACUCUUGCCGGUCAGACACAAGAGCAUCUGAACGCAUGCCAACAGCAUCUUCUCGCAAGAAGAGCGGCACACUCCUCACCUAUGCAAAAACGAUGGAAACCAUUUUUGAACUCGACAAGUAUCCGAUUACAAGAACUGUCGUUCUUGAAGAUGAGACCCAUCGGGCCCUCGACGAAUGUGCUGCGUUCGCCGUCAGACUCAACAAGAGGCUUGAAUGUUCUGAUUCGAAUGCAAGUUUAGGCAGUUUUCUCCGGUCUGUACCCGUCCGGGUUUCGCAAGCUUUCUGGUCUCGUUACUUGCUGUACACUGAGCAGAACCGACCGGUGUCUAUCAAGCUUGAUGCUCUGAAUCGAUCUAUCUGUGCUGUAUCGGCUUGCAAUCACGAACAGCAAAAACAGGCAACAGUUGCUCUAAAGUAUGAAAAAGUCGCCGCGCUUUAUAUCGAACAGAAGUUAUUCUCGAAAGCCCUCCGGAGCUUGGAGCUAUCAAUUGAGGCGGCGAUCAAGCAAGACGUCUUGAAAGAAGCAACCAACACCGGUCUAUCAAAUACUACCGGCCGCAUAUGUCGCGACCCAAAGUCUCCACUUCAGAGCUUUGCUCAGAUCAUCAAUUCCUACGUGGCUCUGUCGGUCACGAACAACAUCCCGAAUGCACGCGGUACAUGGUUCUACGACAAUACCGACCUCGAGGGCAUUCAGCGUGCUGUGCUUUUAGAGAAACAGAUACUAGCGGCGCUCGACCAUACUUCGGCGUUUUUGAAGCAAGACCAACUCACCUCCAUGCUACAACUUUGGGAACAGCUCAGUUUCGAAUCCAAAUAUCGAGUGUAUCAAUUGAGGUUCAUCAGCCAGACACUGCACAUUCUGGAGAAGACCAAGUCGUUUCCGGCGAUGAACGUACUGGGGUCACUGCUGCCACUGCAAACUCCCAGCUUGACAGUCAUCCCAAAGGAUGCUCAUGCUGCUACACUGGGUCCCCUGCUUAUGGCUCUGGUUUCUGUUCAGUGGUGUUUUGCAACCGGAACCAUGAACGAGGAGCAUCUGAUCUCGUCUGUUGGCUGUAUUGGCAAGGCCGUAUCAGACCAAGCCCACAGUCAGACACUAGAUAGGGUUCCGGAUCCUCAGAUUCUUCUGGCCAAUGUUAAAGCCCUGGCCGACUAUGCAGGCGUUUUGGGAAACUCUGCCGCCCAGGUGGAAGCCAAUCAGACUUGGAUGCAGCUCCUCGAACAGCGCACAACUGUCGACUCGGAGAGAAAAUUGGCAUGCUUGCUGACUACAGCGGCGGCCAGUCUAGAGCUCCACCAGACAAUUGAUGCUGGGAAACGGCUAGUAGCUGCUGAGCAGCUUGUGAAAAGCGGAUCACUGGAAGAAGUUCAAUGGCAACUUGCUUAUGCAGCAUAUCAUUUAGCUAUCGGCAACUUCAAGCGAAGCAAAGACCUCAUUGUUAGCAGCCGCUGUUUGUUCGAAGCUGGUUCUUCUCUUGCAUCUCCGCGAGACAGACUCGGCCGGGAGAUAAGCCUCUGUCAAGCGGCAUAUCUCGCAUCUCGCUUGGCUCUUGAGGAAGGGGACAUCACGAAUGCUAGCCGCCUCGCUCGACAAGCGGUCAAACUCAGCUCUGGGCUAUGGUCGUCACUCGAAAGAUCACUCUCGUCUUCUGCCAGUCCUGGCCUUGAGGGGAAUGACAGCUCUCUCAACAACCUUACGCAGGAUUUGGGCAAUCUGAGUCUUGUGGAAACUCAGAAUCCGCAAAGUCCAAUCAACUUUCACGGAACCAAGUAUUGGCCUGCGCUGAGUAUGCAUCGAACGCAUCUGCGCCACGCCGCUAGCCUAUCUGCUCACAACGGUCUAUACCAGGAUGCAGUGUUCUUCGCUCAGCAAGCCGCCAAAGUAACUGCUUGGACAGGUGGAGCUUCAUUGAGACUUUGUGUAGGCUCAGAGCUUGCCCUGAUCUAUGCGAAUGCCUCAGAAACACAAUCAGCUCUGACGCUACUUGCUGUCGACACGCAUGAACCUAAUGUGCGUUAUACCACUGUGAACUUUGCCGAAGCUUCUCUGCGAGUAGGCAAUGUGGAGCGUGCAAAACUUGUCCUCGAGAGAAUGCAAGAACACGACUCCGGGCAGAGCAGCAAUGUCAAGGUGGCAGCGCGGAAUAAUCAGCCUCCCAAAUCUACCGUAGCCAAACGAGGCAAGACAACAAGCAAGGUAGUUGGCAAAGGAGCUCAGAAAGUGUCGGCUAUUCUCAACGAAACUCCUAAAGUGUCAACACUAUCUGUCUGUCCCAAUAACCGGCUGCUUCAAGCUAGAAUGGCGGCUCUUACCGAUGAAAUGUACCUCCAAGGCGUGGUGGAGCGACCAAGUUCCCUUGCGGACACCGAAAUAGCACGAUGGACGCCCCUCGAAAUACUCUCCAGAGCCACAGUGUCUGUCCACGACGCCAUGAAUCACUUCGCCUCAGACCCUGCAAACAAUGCCAUUGCUGAGACGGCGCUGGCGCUUCCCGUCAGAUAUAGGACGACUAGGAAAAGCGGACAGAUGUCUCUCCUACUUGAGAGUCCAGCGAAGAGCACUGGACACACAAGAACGCCUUCAGAUAUUCCUGAAAAUGGCGAUACUCUCCUGCGGCAAGCAUACGAAUGGCUAAGGGCGGUCGAAGACAAGCCACUUUCAGCUUUGCCGUCCGCUCGUGUCGAGCAAUUGCACAAAGUCUUAUCUCAGGUGAUAUUGUUGUCGACUGCACUAAAUCAUCCGCUGAGCUAUUCACCGCUCGGUGUUGUUUUGCAAUCGUUGCGGUCCAGAGAUGCAGCAAUGCAGAGAGAGCGAUGCGCGAUACUUGCCGAAAGCAGAACGACCACACGUGAGCAAAUUCAGACGUGGCCAUCUGUGAGCGAUACAGAGGUCUUCCAGCAGAACUAUGACGAGCUCAUGCAUCAGCUACCGUCUUCAUGGGCAAUCAUUUCAAUUGGUCUCAGCUAUGAUCGCAAGGAACUGCUUCUUUCAAAAAUCAUUGCUGGCCGUACGCCAUUCUUGAUGCGGGUGCCCCUGGAGCGACCUGGCCUUGAAGGUGAUGAGCCUUGCGAAUUUACCCUGGAUUAUGCAAAAGAUGAGCUCAGAGAUAUCAUAUCUAAAGCCAACGAAAGCUCCCACGAUAGCAGAGGCCAGGGAGAUAAGCAAGCCAGGAAAGCCUGGUACGGGGAACGCGAACACCUCGACAAGCGUCUCGAGCUCCUUCUCGCCAACAUUGAAAAUAUCUGGCUUGGGGGUUUCAGGGGUUUACUGUCACCGAACUGUGCGGAUGAAGCGCUCUUGGCUCGCUUUGGAGAAUCAUUGACCCAGGCUUUCGAAAACCAUUUGCCAUCUCGUCAGAAGAAAGCAAAGACCAAACGGAAGGUCGAGCUGCACGCCCAUGUCCUCGAGUUGUUUACCUCGGUCGUCUUCGCCGAAGGAGAUACCGACUUUGAAGAUUCCGUGACCGACCUUCUCUAUUUUGUUGUCGAUAUCCUGCAAUUCAACGGGGAGCCCAAUGCUUUUGACGAGAUCGACUUUGACGCCCUCCUGCUGGACACGAUUGAUGCUCUUCGCGGAUACCAUGCCGCUAGCACCAGCUCUCCUGCCCGCCAUGCAAUUCUCAUUGUCGACAAAGAACUACAAUCAUUCCCUUGGGAGUCCUUACCCUGCCUUCGCAAGUGGCCCGUAUCGCGCAUGCCCUCACUUGGGGCGAUCAAGGAGCGGCUCGACCGAAUACCUGCGCAGUCGCAAGCCUACACAGUUGCUCGAUCCGGAAGUUACAUUCUGAACCCUUCCAAUGACCUUCCCAGUACUCAAGCCACCUUCUCGCCACUCCUGGAACAGCUCCCCUUCCAAGCUGUCGUCGGUGAGCCUCCAUCCGAGCCCGAUUUCGAGCGCCUCCUCUCUGAGUCACCAUUGCUGCUCUACUUUGGCCACGGUUCUGGAACACAAUACAUCCGCGGACGCACGAUCCGAAAGCUAUCCCAAUGUGCAGUAACAUGGCUGAUGGGCUGCUCCUCAGCCAAGCUGACAGAGUGUGGCAUCUACGAGAGCUACGGUGUACCGUGGCACUACAUGCACGGAGGGAGUCCCGCGGUCGUCGGAACGCUCUGGGACGUCACGGAUCGUGAUAUCGACCGCUUCGCCGUCAAGGGCCUUGGGGAGUGGGGUCUGCUGGAUGUCAGUGGCGUGGAGGACAAGUUCUGGGGGACGGGCAAGUCCAAGACUAAAGGCAAGGGCAAGGAGACCGCGAGGCAGAAGGCUGUAGAGGAUGCGGAAGCGCAGAGAAGAGAGCCGGUGGCGCUGGAUGAGGCGGUGGCAAAAGCGAGGGAUGCUUGCUUGCUGAAGUACUUGAAUGGCGCGGCGCCCGUCGUGUACGGGAUACCCGUUGUGUUGGAGUAG